GCACUCACUCUCUGGCUAAACAUGCCUAGAGCCAGACCUGUCCUCCAGAACACCCCCACACACAUGAACUGAGCCCAAGACAGUGACACAGGUGCAGCAAGGAGUCGAGGUGCCACCCUGGGGCCAAUCAGACCGGAAAGAACAUACAAGAGGAGAUAUAAAAACAGCCCGAAUACUGACGAAAAUAAAGAGGAAUUUUUCUUUUCUCCCGAGGAGCUACAAAUAACCCUCGGUGAAGGAUGGCAGAAGGGGGAGAGGGAGAAGAGGAGAUACAGUUCCUGAGAACGGAUGACCAGGUGGUUCUUCAGUGCACUGCGUCUGUGUUGAAGGAGCAGAUUAAGUUAUGUCUGUCCUGCGAAGGCUUUGGGAAUCGUCUCUGCUUCUUGGAAACAACAUCCAACGCUCAGAAUGUGCCCCCGGACUUGGCCAUAUGCACCUUUAUUUUGGAGCAGUCCCUGUCAGUGCGAGCUCUGGUGGAGAUGCUCGCCAACACAGUGGAGAUGACCGAGUCAUCACAAGGUGGAGGUCACCGGACACUACUCUAUGGACAUGCCAUUCUUCUGAGACAUCAUCACUCAGGAAUGUAUCUGAGCUGUUUGACUACAUCCCGGUCACUCACUGAUAAGCUGGCCUUUGAUGUGGGCUUACAAGAAGAUUCAACCGGUGAGGCGUGUUGGUGGACCAUUCAUCCCGCCUCAAAGCAAAGGUCAGAAGGUGAGAAGGUCAGGGUUGGAGAUGACCUCAUCCUUGUUAGUGUGUCAUCUGAGCGAUACUUGCACCUGUCUUACGCCAGUGGAGAUCUCAUGGUGGAUGCCUCCUUCAUGCAAACCCUUUGGAACAUGAACCCCAUCAGUUCUGGAUGUGAACUUGCUGAAGGUUAUCUGACGGGUGGCCAUGUGUUGAGACUGUUUCACGGACAUAUGGAUGAGUGUCUCGCCAUUGCAACCCCUGAAGAAGGAGAGGAAAAACGAAGGAUUGCCAGUUUUGAAGGUGGCACUGUAUGCAGCCAGGCUCGAUCACUGUGGAGACUGGAGCCUCUGAGAAUCAGCUGGAGUGGAAGCCACAUGAAGUGGGGGCAGUCUUUCCGCAUUCGCCACAUCACCACAGGCCGGUACCUGUGUCUGGAGGAGGAGAAGGGACUUUUGGUUGUUGAUCCAGAACGAGCCAACACAAAACAAUCAGCUUUCUGCUUCCGUGUUUCAAAGGAGAAGGUGGAUGUGGCACAGAAGCGUGAUGUGGAGGGAAUGGGCAUUCCUGAAAUCAAAUAUGGAGAGUCUAUGUGCUUUGUUCAACAUGUCUCCACUGGUCUGUGGCUUACGUAUGCUGCUUUAGAUGCAAAAGCCGCUCGCCUGGGAAUGAUGAAGAGAAAGGUUAUUCUUCAUCAAGAGGGUCAUAUGGAUGAUGCUCUGACUGUGUCCCGUUCUCAAACUGAAGAGUCUCAAGCUGCUCGAAUGAUUUAUAGCACUACAGGCCUUUUCAGACAAUUUAUCAAGGGUCUGGACUCUCUGAGUGGUAAAAGCAAGUCCCCACUGUCCGUAUCCCUCCCUCUGGAAGGAGUCAUACUCUCCCUUCAGGAUCUCAUCUUCUACUUCCGUCCCCCCGAAGAGGAACUGGAGCAUGAGGAGAAACAAACCAAGCUCCGCUCCCUCCGCAACAGGCAGAAUCUUUUCCAAGAGGAGGGCAUGAUUACCAUCGUGCUGGAGUGUAUCGAUCGUCUAAAUGUUUACAACACUGCAGCACACUUUUCCGAAUUUGCGGGAGAGGAAGCAGCUGAAUCUUGGAAGGAGAUUGUGAACCUGCUCUAUGAGCUCCUAGCUUCUUUGAUCAGAGGAAACCGCUCCAAUUGUGCAUUGUUCUGUGAUAACCUCGACUGGCUAGUCAGCAAAUUAGACCGUCUGGAGGCUUCAUCUGGUAUUCUGGAGGUGCUGUACUGUGUACUUAUUGAAAGCCCCGAGGUUCUGAACAUCAUUCAAGAGAACCACAUCAAAUCCAUCAUUUCUCUUCUGGACAAACAUGGAAGGAACCACAAGGUCUUGGAUGUCUUGCGCUCUCUUUGUGUGUGUAAUGGUGUUGCUGUGAGGUCCAAUCAGAACCUCAUCACUGAAAACCUACUUCCUGGUCGUGAACUCCUGCUGCAGACAAACAUUGUUAACUAUGUAACAAGUGUGAGGCCAAACAUCUUCCUGGGAACAUGCGAGGGAUCAACUCAGUACAAGAAGUGGUAUUUUGAGCUGAUCGUAGAUUAUGUGGAAGCCUUUGUAACUGCACAGGCCACACAUUUGCGUGUGGGCUGGGCCAUGACAGAAGGUUACAGUCCAUACCCCGGAGGAGGAGAAGGCUGGGGAGGCAAUGGUGUGGGAGAUGACCUUUACUCCUAUGGUUUUGAUGGGCAGCAUCUGUGGUCAGGUACCAUACCUCGUCAGGUUGCAUCUCCCAGCGCACACACUCUGGCAGCGGAUGAUGUUGUGAGCUGUUGUCUAGAUCUGAGUGUGCCCAGUAUCUCCUUCCGCAUCAAUGGCCACCCAGUUCAAGGCAUGUUUGAAAACUUCAAUGUGGAUGGCCUCUUUUUCCCUGUCAUCAGUUUCUCUGCUGGAGUCAAGGCUCGGUUUCUCCUUGGUGGUCGACAUGGAGACUUCAAGUUCAUGCCACCUCCCGGUUAUGCCCCAUGCUAUGAAGCUCUGCUACCAAGAGAGAGGAUGCGAAUUGAACCCAUAAAGGAGUACAAGCAUGAUUUUAGCGGUGUCCGAAAUCUCCUGGGACCAACCUUGUCUCUUACUCAUACUUCUUUCACUCCCUGCCCAGUGGAUACUGUUCAGAUUGUUUUGCCACCUCACCUGGAGCGCAUUCGAGAGAAGUUAGCAGAGAAUAUUCACGAGCUGUGGGCUGUCACUAGAAUUGAGCAAGGAUGGACCUAUGGCUCUUUCAGGGAUGACAACAAGAAACUUCAUCCUUGUCUGGUGGACUUCCAAAGUCUCCCUGAACCAGAGAGAAACUACAACUUGCAGAUGUCCGGAGAAACUCUGAAGACUCUGUUGGCCUUGGGUUGCCAUGUUGGCAUGGGUGAUGAGAAAGCAGAGGAGAACCUGAAGAAGAUCAAGCUACCUAAGACCUAUGUGAUGAGCAAUGGAUAUAAGCCUGCCCCCCUUGACCUUAACCACGUAAAACUGACACCCAACCAGAACCAACUUGUGGAAAAACUGGCAGAAAAUGGGCACAAUGUGUGGGCAAGGGAUCGGGUAAGACAAGGAUGGACCUACAGCAUUGUACAGGACAUCCUAAAUAAGCGUAACCCUCGUCUGGUACCUUACAAUCUGCUGGAUGAGAGAACUAAGAAAACCAACCGAGACAGUGUUAACAAUGCUGUCCGAACCCUCAUUGGCUACGGCUACAACAUCGAGCCUCCAGAUCAGGAGAGCAGUGGCCAUGGCCUUGAAAACACCCGGGGAGACAAAGUACGAAUCUUCAGGGCAGAGAGGUCGUACGCUGUUACUCAGGGAAAGUGGUAUUUUGAGUUUGAGGCUGUCACCACUGGAGAGAUGAGAGUCGGCUGGGCACGUCCUAGUGUCCGAUCUGACACUGAGCUUGGAGCAGAUGAACUUGCCUAUGUAUUCAAUGGCAAUAAGGCUCAAAGAUGGCACAUAGGCAAUGAGCCCUUUGGCCGUCAGUGGCAGUCUGGAGAUGUGGUCGGCUGCAUGAUUGACCUGACUGAGAUGAAUAUCAUGUUCACUCUCAAUGGUGAAAUGUUGAUAAGUGAUUCAGGCUCAGAAAUGGCGUUCAAAGACAUUGAAAUUGGGGAAGGUUUCAUCCCAGUUUGUGCACUGGGCCUUUCACAAGUUGGAAGAAUCAAUCUUGGUCAGAAUGUGAGCAGUUUGCGCUACUUUGCCAUUUGCGGCCUACAGGAGGGAUUUGAACCUUUUGCUAUAAAUAUGAAGCGUGAUACGACCAUGUGGUUUAGUAAAAGUUUGCCUCAGUUUGUUCCAGUCCCCACAGAUCACAACCACAUGGAGGUAUCUCAUGUGGAUGGGACAGUGGACAGCGCCCCUUGUUUGAAAGUUACUCACAAAACAUACGGCUCUCAAAAUGCCAAUACGGACAUGCUCUUCCUUCGUUUAAGCAUGCCAGUCCAGUUUAAUGAGACUUUCAAGAUACCAGCCGGCACCACUCUCCUCACCAGGGCCCUCACAAUACCUGAGGAUGAGGUGGUGGUUGUGGAGCCUGACUCAGAGUUUGAAGUUUUGAAGAAAUCUGCCAGUAAAAAAGAACAAGAAGAAGAAAAGAAAGAGCCGUCAGUACCAAAGGAGCUCUCUGUGGAGAAUGAGAAGGAUACUAUGUCUGAAAAGGGGAAGAAAAAGGGAUUCUUCUCAAAGGCCAAAAAAGCUGCAAUGACACCUCUUUCCCCCCCUCCGCCUCCAGCUGUGCCCCGUUUAGUGGAAGACGUGGUGCCUGAUGAUAGGGACGAUCCAGAGAUUAUCCUUAAUACCACAACUUACUAUUAUUCUGUGAGGAUCUUUGCUGGGCAGGAGCCUACUGGAGUGUGGGUUGGUUGGGUCACUCCUGAUUACCAUCAAUAUGAUCAAAGUUUUGAUCUCUCCAAAGUUCGCAAUGUCACUGUCACUGUUGGAGAUGACAGGGGCAACAUCCAUGACAGCAUGAAGCACAGUAAUUGUUACAUGGUUUGGGGAGGUGACCUGGUCAGCACUCAGCAGACCCGGUUCAGUCAGGAGGACAUGGUGGUUGGGUGUCUUGUUGAUUUGGCCACAGGACUUAUGACCUUUACAGCAAACGGCAAGGAAAUAAAUGCUUUUUACCAGGUCGAGCCAAACACCAAGCUGUUCCCUGCUGUAUUUGUUCAACCCUCCAGUCAGAACAUGGUGCAGCUUGAAUUAGGCAAACUGAAGAACAUCAUGCCCAUCUCAGCAGCCAUGUUUCGCAGCGAGCGUAAUAACCCAGUGCCGCAGUGCCCUCCCAGGUUAGAUGUCCAGAUGCUCACACCGGUCAUAUGGAGCCGCAUGCCCAACCACUUCCUCAACCCUGAAGUGGGCAAAGUGAGCGAGAGACUGGGCUGGGUGGUGGAGUGUACAGAACCACUCACUAUGAUGGCACUGCACAUUCCUGAAGAAAACAGAUGCAUUGACAUUUUGGAGCUAUCAGAGCGCCAGGAUCUAAUGAAGUUCCACUACCACACCCUGAUGCUGUACUGUGCUGUGUGCGCUCUGGGCAACAAUCGGGUGGCUCAUGCCCUCUGCAGCCAUGUUGAUGAAUCUCAGCUUUUCUAUGCCAUUGAAAACACCUACCUCCCUGGACCUCUGCGUAGUGGUUAUUAUGACCUACUUAUCAGCAUCCAUUUGGAGUCUGCUAAGCGGGCGCGUCUAGGCACCAACAGGGAGUUUAUUGUCCCCAUGACGGAGGAAACUCUAAGCAUCCACCUCUAUCCAGAUACAAAGAAGGCCCAUUCUCUUCCUGGUGUAGGACUCACUACUUGUUUACGACCAAAGCUUCAUUUCUCUUCAAUCAACUUCGUCGGCACUGACCCUGACCUCUACACUCUCAGUCCGGUUUUCCCUCUACAGGAACUGAAGACCAGGGCAAUCAGCAUGCUAACAGAGGCUGUGCUGGAUGGUAGCCAGGCCAUGCGAGAUCCAGUAGGGGGCAGUGUGGAGUUCCACUUUGUUCCCAUUCUGAAGUUGAUCAGCACUUUGCUUAUUAUGGGAAUCUUUGAUGAUGAAGACACAAAGCACAUCCUCAAAAUGAUUGACCCCAAUGUCUUCAGUGGAAAAGAGGAGGAAGAAGAAGAGGUAGUAGAGGAGAAAGCGGAGGGAGAAGCUGAGGCAGAGGAGAAAGAAGAGGAGGAGGAAGAAGAGGAGCUGGAGGAUGAAGGGGUCGGUGAUGAAGAGGAGGAAGCAAAAACUGAGGGGAAAACUGAAGCUGAAGGGGAAGAACCAAAAGAGGAAGGACAGAAGGAGGCAGAGGGUGGGGGGGAGGGUAAAGAGGACGGAGAAAAGGCAGAGGAGGAGAAGGAGGCGGAGGCUGUGGAGGCAGAGCCUAAAGAUGAAGAGGAGGGUCUGGAAGAAGGACUGCUCCAGAUGAAACUCCCAGAGUCUGUAAAACUACAGAUGUGUAAACUUCUCCAGUACUUCUGUGACUGUGAGCUGCGCCACAGAGUGGAAGCUAUUGUGGCUUAUUCAGACCAGUUUGUCCAAAACAUUCAAAGCAAUCAGCGUGUGCGCUACAAUGCACUAAUGAGAGCAUUCACCAUGUCAGCUGCUGAGACAGCACGCAAGACUCGGGAGUUCAGAUCUCCUCCACAAGACCAGGUACUUUUGCUGACCAACUUCAAGCAUGAGGAUGAAGACUGCCCAGUUCCUGAAGAAGUGAAGGAGAGUCUUGCGGACUUCCAUAAGGACCUACUGCUUCACUGUGAUAUCCAUAUUGAGGAGGAGGCUCAAGAGGAGGAGGUGGAUACUUCUCUGAGGGGCAGGCUGCUCAGUCUCGUUGAGAAGAUGAAAAGUUUGCGAAAGAAACAGGAAGAAGAGGUGCCUGAGGUUGAGGAAGAGCCAAAACUAAGCACGCUUCAGGAGCUUAUCUCCCACACUAUGAUCCACUGGGCACAGGAGUCCUAUAUACAGAAUCCUGAGCUGGUGCGUCUUAUGUUCAGCCUGCUCCAUAGGCAGUACGAUGGGCUUGGGGAGUUAAUCAGAGCUCUGCCCAAAGCCUAUUCAAUCAAUGCUGUGUCCGUCCAAGACACUAUGGACCUGUUAGAGUGUUUGGGACAGAUCCGUUCACUUCUUAUUGUACAAAUGGGUCCAGAAGAGGAGCGACUUAUGAUUCAAAGCAUUGGCAAUAUCAUGAACAAUAAAGUAUUCUACCAACACCCUAACCUGAUGAGAGCUCUUGGCAUGCACGAGACUGUUAUGGAGGUGAUGGUCAACGUGCUUGGUGGAGGUGGAGACUCAAAGGAAAUACGAUUCCCUCAAAUGGUGACCAACUGCUGUCGUUUCCUGUGUUACUUUUGCCGCAUCAGUCGUCAGAACCAACGCUCUAUGUUUGACCAUCUGGGAUAUCUUCUACAGAACAGUGGCAUCGGCCUGGGCAUGCGUGGGUCAACUCCUCUAGAUGUAGCCGCAGCUUCCUGCAUUGACAAUAAUGAACUGGCUUUGGCUCUUCAAGAGCAGGACUUGGAAAUGGUGGUGACAUACUUGGCUGGCUGUGGACUUCAAAUGUGUCCGAUGCUUCUGUCUAAAGGAUACCCUGAUAUCAGCUGGAACCCAGUUGGGGGAGAGAGAUACCUUGAUUUUCUGCGCUUUGCUGUCUUUGUCAAUGGAGAGAGCGUGGAGGAGAAUGCUAAUGUUGUUGUGCGUCUUCUUAUCCGUCGGCCUGAGUGCUUUGGACCUGCUCUCAGAGGUGAGGGUGGCAAUGGUUUACUGGCUGCUAUGGAGGAUGCAAUCAAGAUCUCUGAAGAUCCAGCCAGGGAUGGACCAACUGUCAAAAAGGACAGAAGAUUCAUGUUUGGUGGGGAAGAGCAACAUGAGGAAAACCGUAUUCAUCUCGGGAAUGCCAUUAUGUCUUUCUACUCUGCGCUUAUCGAUCUGCUUGGCCGAUGUGCUCCUGAGAUGCAUCUGAUUCAAGCUGGUAAGGGUGAAGCUCUACGAAUCAGGGCCAUUCUGAGGUCACUGGUGCCCAUAGAGGAUCUGGUGGGAGUCAUUAGCUUGCCUGUGCAGAUUCCAGCAUUCGGCAAAGAUGGUCAGAUUAUUGAGCCCAAGAUGUCUGCUAGUUUUGUGCCGGACCAUAAGGCCUCCAUGGUACUGUUCCUUGACAGAGUGUAUGGCAUUGAUAAUCAGGAUUUCUUGCUACAUGUGCUGGAGGUCGGCUUCCUUCCUGACAUGAGAGCCUCAGCAUCUUUGGACACUGUUGCAUUCAGCACAACUGAAAUGGCCUUGGCACUGAACCGCUACCUCUGCUCCGCUGUGCUGCCUCUGCUUACCAAAUGUGCCCCCCUCUUUGCUGGGACGGACCAUCGGGCGAUCAUGAUUGAUUCCAUGCUCCACACCAUCUACAGGCUGUCCCGUGGCCGAGCUCUAACCAAGGCUCAGAGAGAUGUCAUUGAAGAGUGUCUCAUGUCUCUCUGCAAAUAUCUACGGCCAUCGAUGCUGCAGCAUUUGCUUAGACGGCUGGUAUUUGAUGUGCCAAUCCUUAAUGAAUAUGCAAAGAUGCCUCUUAAGCUUUUGACCAAUCACUAUGAGCGCUGCUGGAAGUAUUACUGUUUGCCUAAUGGUUGGGCUAACUUUGGGGUGACCUCAGAGGAGGAGCUGCAUCUCUCCCGAAAACUGUUCUGGGGAAUCUUUGAAUCUUUAGCACACAAGAAAUUUGAUGCUGAGCUCUUCAAGAUUGCCAUGCCCUGCCUCUGUGCCAUUGCUGGCGCCAUCCCUCCUGAUUAUGUUGAUGCCACCUACUCGUCUCACACUGAGAAGAAGGCCUCUGUGGAUGCUGAAGGCAACUUCGACCCUAAACCUGUGGAGACCACUAACACUAUUAUCCCUGAACGGCUUGACGGAUUUAUCAACAAAUAUGCAGAGCAUACUCAUGACAGAUGGGCUUUUGAAAAGAUCCAAAACAACUGGACCUAUGGUGAAGUGUUGGAUGAGAAUGCCAAGACACAUCCAAUGCUCCGACCAUACAAAACCUUCUCUGAAAAGGACAAGGAGAUUUAUCGAUGGCCCAUAAAGGAAUCUAUUAAAGCAAUGUUAGCAUGGGAAUGGACCUUGGAAAAAGCCAGAGACGGGGAAGGAGAUGUUGAAAAGAAAGCUGCCACCACACGCAAAAUCUCCCAAACUGCCCAGGCCACGUAUGAUCCAAGUCAUGGUUACAACCCUCAACCAAUUGAUAUCACAGCAAUGGCUUUAUCUCGUGAACUUCAGUCCAUGGCAGAGCAGUUAGCUGAGAACUAUCACAACACCUGGGGCAGGAAGAAGAAACUGGAACUUCAAGCCAAAGGCGGUGGCACCCAUCCUUUGCUUGUGCCUUAUGACACCCUGACGGCCAAGGAGAAGGCCAGGGACAGAGAGAAGGCCCAAGACCUGCUCAAGUUCCUUCAACUCAAUGGAUAUGCCGUCACAAGGGGCCUGAAGGACAUGGAACAGGACAUUUCCUCCAUUGAGAAACGUUUUGCUUAUGGCUUCCUUCAAAAACUUCUUAAAUGGAUGGACAUUGCACAAGAGUUCAUUGCUCAUCUUGAGGCUGUAGUUAGCAGUGGAAGAGUAGAGAAGUCACCCCACGAGCAAGAGAUUAAGUUUUUUGCUAAGAUCCUUUUACCGCUUGUAAAUCAGUAUUUCAAGAACCACUGUCUGUACUUCCUGUCCACUCCUGCCAAAGUCUUGGGUAGUGGAGGCCAUUCAUCCAAUAAGGAAAAAGAGAUGAUUGCAAGUAUCUUCUGUAAGUUGGCUGCUUUGGUGAGACACAGAGUAUCUCUCUUUGGAACUGAUGCAGGUGCGGUGGUUAACUGUCUUCACAUUCUCUCACGCUCGUUGGAUGCCAGAACUGUAAUGAAAUCAGGCCCAGAGAUUGUGAAGGCUGGCCUUCGCCAGUUCUUUGAGAGUGCAGCAGACGACAUUGAGAAAAUGGUUGAGAAUCUAAAACUGGGAAAAGUGUCCAGUCGAAAUCAGGUCAAAGGUGUGGCCCAAAACAUCAACUACACCACUACAGCCCUGCUCCCUGUGCUCACCACUCUGUUUGACCACAUCGCUCAGCACCAGUUUGGAGAUGAUGUUAUCUUGGAUGACUUGCAAAUAUCCUGCUACCGCAUUAUGUGCAGCAUCUAUUCUCUGGGCACUGUAAAGACUCCUCAUGCAGAAAAGCAGCGUCCAGCCCUCGGAGAGUGUUUGGCACAUUUGGCAGCAGCAAUGCCUGUAGCCUUCCUUGAACCAACACUCAAUGAGUACAACACAUUUUCUGUUUACACUACCAAGACCCCUAGAGAAAGAUCCAUCCUCGGUCUUCCAAACCAAGUAGAGGAGCUUUGUCCUGACAUCCCAGAACUGGAAGUCUUAAUGAAGGAAAUCCAUGAUCUUGCUGACUCUGGUGCUCGCUACACAGAGAUGCCUCAUGUGAUUGAGAUCACUUUGCCUAUGCUGUGUAACUAUUUGCCUCGCUGGUGGGAGAGAGGGGCUGAGAACUUUCCUGAGCAGGAGGGCCAACUCUGCACUGAUGUGACCUCCGAACAACUCAACCAACUGCUGGGAAGCAUCAUGAAGAUCGUGGUAAACAACCUGGGUAUAGAUGAGGCCUCUUGGAUGAAGAGAUUAGCUGUCUUUGCACAGCCCAUUGUAAGCAGAGCCCACCUGAGAUGCUGAAAUCACAACUUCAUCCCCACCAUGGAGAAGCUGAAGAAACGCUCAUCCAAAGUGGUGGCUGAGGAGGACCAUCUGCGCAUGGAGGGCAAGACAGAAGUGGACAGUGAAAAUGGAACGAUCCGUGAUGAGUUUGCUGUACUUUGUCGAGAUCUGUAUGCUCUCUACCCUUUGCUUAUCCGCUAUGUGGAUAAUAAUAGAGCGAGGUGGCUGACCUGUCCUGAUCCUGAUGCAGAGGAUUUAUUUAGGAUGGUUGGAGAGGUCUUCAUCUUCUGGUCAAAGUCUCAUAACUUUAAAAGGGAAGAGCAAAACUUUGUGGUAAUGAACGAGAUCAACAACAUGUCUUUCCUGACGGCUGACAGUAAGAGCAAGAUGAGCAAGUCUGGAGGCUCAGAGCAGGAGCGCACAAAGAAGAAGAAACGCGGUGACCGCUACUCUGUCCAGACAUCGCUAAUCGUCGCAGCAUUGAAGAAAAUGCUGCCCAUUGGUCUUAAUAUGUGCUCUCCAGCAGACCAAGAACUUAUCAAUCUAGCCAAGAUAAGAUACUCACUGAAAGACACAGAUGAAGAAGUGAGGGAGUUCCUGCACAAUAAUCUGCAUCUGCAGGGCAAAGUGGAGGACCCGGCCAUGCGUUGGCAAAUGUCUCUUUAUAAAGAAAUGUCUGGCAAAGCUGAGGAUGCUGAGGACCCUGAGAAAGUGGUCAAAAGAGUUCAAGAGGUGUCUGCUGUUCUUUACCACAUUGAAGUGACUGAGCAUCCCUUUAAAUCCAAGAAAAUGGUGUGGCACAAGCUGCUGUCCAAACAGCGCCGCAGAGCUGUAGUGGCCUGUUUCAGGAUGACACCUCUUUACAACAUCCCUAAACACAGGGCAACAAACAUGUUCUUGGAUGCAUACAAGCGCAACUGGUUAGAAACUGAGGGCUACUCUUUUGAGGAUAAGAUGAUUGAUGACCUUUCUAAAGCAUUGGAGGAAGAGGAGGAAGAGGAAGAGGAGACUGAAUCAAAACCUGAUCCCCUUCACCAGCUGAUUCUUCAUUUCAGCCGCACAGCUCUAACAGAAAAACUAAAGCUUGAUGUAGACCAUCUCUAUAUGUCUUAUGCUGAUAUUAUGGCAAAGAGCUGUCACAUUGGUGAGGAGGACGAAGGGGGAGAAGAGGGGAGGAGCCUUCCUUUGAUGGUGCGGCAGACAGAGAUGGAAAAGGAGAUGGAGAAACAGAGGCUUCUGUACCAACAGUCUCGGCUCCACAAUCGUGGGGCUGCUGAGAUGGUGCUGCAGAUGAUCAGUGCCUGCAAAGGUGAACCAGGAGCCAUGGUUUCUUCUACACUAAAACUGGGAAUCUCCAUCCUCAAUGGAGGCAACAGUGAUGUGCAGCAGAGAAUGCUGGACUAUCUGAAGGAUAAAAAGGAUGUGGGAUUCUUCUUGAGCGUUCAGGCUUUAAUGCAAACUUGCAGUGUUUUGGACUUGAAUGCAUUUGAGAGGCAGAACAAAGCUGAAGGUCUGGGGAUGGUUUCCGAGGAAGGCACAAAUAAGAAGCUAGAACGUGAUGAAAAAGUCAUGGCAGAUGAUGAGUUUACCUGUGACCUCUUCCGCUUUCUUCAACUCCUUUGUGAAGGUCAUAACAAUGAUUUCCAGAACUAUUUAAGAACACAGACGGGUAGCACUACCACCAUCAAUGUCAUCAUCUGUACUGUGGACUACCUGCUUCGCCUGCAGGAGUCAAUCAGUGAUUUCUACUGGUAUUACUCAGGAAAAGACAUCAUUGAUGAGCCAGGAAAAAGGAACUUCUCCAAAGCUAUGACUGUGGCCAAACAAGUCUUCAACAGUUUAACUGAGUACAUUCAGGGUCCUUGCACCGGCAAUCAGCAAUCUUUGGCUCACAGCAGAUUGUGGGACGCUGUUGUUGGUUUCCUUCAUGUAUUUGCUCAUAUGAUGAUGAAACUAGCACAGGACUCUAGUCAGAUUGGUCUGUUGAAAGAACUGUUGGAUCUGCAGAAAGACAUGGUGGUGAUGCUUCUGUCACUUCUUGAGGGUAACGUGGUGAACGGCACCAUUGCCAGGCAGAUGGUGGACAUGCUGGUAGAGUCCUCCAGUAAUGUCGAGAUGAUCCUGAAGUUCUUUGACAUGUUCCUGAAGCUCAAAGAUAUUGUGGCGUCUGAUGCAUUCAGGGACUAUGUAACAGAUCCUCGUGGCCUCAUCUCCAAAAAGGACUUCUCCAAAGCCAUGGACAGCCAGAAACAGUACUCUCCAUCUGAGAUCCAGUUCCUGCUCUCCUGCUCAGAAGCAGAUGAGAAUGAGAUGAUCAACUUUGAGGAGUUUGCUGACCGCUUCCAGGAGCCCGCCAAAGACAUUGGUUUCAAUAUCGCAGUUCUUCUUACAAACUUGUCCGAGCAUGUCCCCCAUGACACUCGUCUGCAGAACUUCCUGGAGCAGGCAGAGAGUGUACUUAACUACUUCCGUCCUUUCCUUGGCCGCAUUGAGAUCAUGGGAGCCAGUAGAAGGAUUGAGCGUAUUUAUUUUGAGAUCAGCGAGGCCAACCGCAACCAAUGGGAAAUGCCUCAGGUCCGGGAGUCCAAGCGACAGUUCAUUUUUGAUGUGGUCAAUGAGGGAGGAGAGAGUGAAAAGAUGGAGAUGUUUGUCAACUUCUGUGAGGACACCAUUUUUGAAAUGAAUAUUGCUGCAUCUAUUUCUGAGCCUGAGGGUGAGGAGGUUGAGGAGGAGGAUGAUGAAGAGGAGGAGGAAGGUGGUGGAGGUGAGGGAGGUGAGUCUGCAGAAGGAGAGGAGGGUAAUGGAGAAGCAGAAGUCGCUGAGUCCACUUCUGCUUUCGCUGAGUUUUUAAAGAGUGUUGUUAACUUCUUCAAUAUGUUCACCUUCCGCAACCUUCGCCGCAAAUACCGCAAACUGAGGAAAAUGACCGUGAAGGAGAUGGUGAUUGGUCUGUUCACUUUUUUCUACACAAUCCUCAUGGGAAUUCUGAUGUUUGUCUACAGCGUUUGCAAAGGCUUCUUCACACUCAUAUGGAAAGUGCUCUUUGGUGGAGGCUUAGUUGAGGGGGCUAAAAAAAUGACAGUGACUGAGAUCCUUGCGAGUAUGCCCGACCCCACCCAGGACGAGGUGCACGGAGAUCUGCCCCCUGAACCAGGAGCUCGAGAAGUACAGGACAUAGAGGGAGCAGCAGAUGGAUUAGAUGCAGUAGGAGAAGGGGAGGAAGAGGAGGAUGGAGAAGAGAGGGAGGGCGGACGACUGCCGGGCUUUAACACCCCCGGAGGGCUGGGAGACUUUGGAGAAACCACACAAGAGGAACCACCUACUCCAGAGGGAACACCACUGCUCAAGAGAAAACUGCUGGCUGCUACCACGGGAGGCCAAGGAGAUGAGGAAAAGACAGAGGUAACAGAAGAGGAAGCUCCCCAGGAGGCAGAAAAAGCUGACACUGAAAAUGGAGAGAAGGUGGAGAAAAAGGAGCCAGAGCCAGAGCCUGAAGUAAAGGAGGAAGAGCCAGAGGAGGAGGAGGAGAAGCCCGAGGUCCAGACCAAGUCCAAGAAAGACAAGAAGGCUAUCGAGGACGGCUUUGAGCUGUGGAAUGAACUGGAAGUCCAGAGAAUAAAAUUCAUGAACUACCUGUCUCGCAACUUCUACAAUCUUCGGUUCCUGGCACUGUUUAUUGCUUUUGCUCUCAACUUCAUUCUGCUUUUCUACAAGGUGUCUGACACUCCCCCUGGUGAGGAAGACUUCGAAGGCUCAGGUCUUUUCGAGGGUUCAGGUCUCUUUGAAGGUUCAGGUGCAGAGGAGGAGGGCUCUGGGAUGGAGGAUGGUGGUGAGGAUGAUGAUGAGGAAGGCCCCCUGUACUACUUCUUGGAGGAGAGCACAGGCUACAUGGAGCCAGCUCUAGCAUUCCUUGGAUUGGUCCACACUAUCAUUUCCUUCCUUUGUAUUAUUGGAUACAACUGUCUCAAGGUACCACUCGUUAUCUUCAAGAGAGAGAAAGAACUGGCCAGAAAACUGGAGUUCGAUGGUGUCUAUGUGACUGAGCAGCCAGAGGACGAUGACAUCAAAGGCCAAUGGGACAGACUUGUGCUGAACACCCCGACAUUCCCCAACAACUACUGGGACAAGUUUGUGAAGAGAAAGGUUCUGGACAAAUAUGGCGACAUCUAUGGCAGGGAGAGGAUUGCUGAACUGCUUGGAAUGGACUUGGCCUCUCUAGAUGUCAGCGCUAUGACUCAUGAGAAGAAACCUGAACCAGACACUUCUAUGUUCAGCUGGAUCACAUCUAUUGACAUUAAGUAUCAGAUUUGGAAGUUUGGAGUUGUGUUCACUGACAAUACUUUCCUCUACCUGGUCUGGUACAUGUUGAUGUCUCUGCUUGGACACUACAACAAUUUCUUCUUUGCUUGUCAUCUGCUUGAUAUCGCAAUGGGAGUCAAAACCCUGCGCACCAUCCUGUCCUCUGUUACUCACAAUGGCAAACAGCUGGUGAUGACAGUGGGCUUGCUUGCUGUAGUGGUUUACCUCUACACUGUCGUGGCCUUCAACUUCUUCAGAAAGUUCUACAACAAGAGUGAAGACGAGGAUGAGCCGGACAUGAAGUGUGACGACAUGAUGACUUGUUACCUGUUUCACAUGUAUGUGGGGGUGCGUGCUGGUGGUGGUAUUGGAGAUGAGAUCGAGGACCCGGCAGGCGAUGAAUACGAGCUGUACCGUGUGGUCUUUGACAUCACCUUCUUCUUCUUUGUCAUUGUCAUCCUGCUGGCCAUCAUUCAGGGUUUGAUUAUUGAUGCUUUUGGUGAGCUGAGAGACCAGCAAGAGCAAGUCCGAGAGGACAUGGAGACUAAAUGCUUCAUCUGUGGAAUAGGAAGCGAUUACUUUGACACAACGCCACAUGGCUUUGAGACACAUACACUCGAAGAGCAUAAUUUAGCCAAUUAUAUGUUCUUCCUGAUGUAUCUAAUCAAUAAAGAUGAAACAGAGCAUACAGGACAGGAGUCCUAUGUGUGGAAGAUGUACCAGGAGCGAUGCUGGGACUUCUUCCCAGCUGGAGACUGUUUCAGAAAACAGUAUGAGGAUCAGCUCAGUUAAACUCAUAUCCUGAGAGGAGAUCUGGAGGGGCAGAGGAUCAGACAUGUACAAGUCCACUGUGUGUCCCACUUUAGUUGUGCAUGUUUGAAGCUAUGCACACGUUGACUGCACUUUUGUACCGGUUAAACAGGAUACUGCCUGAGCAGAUCUGAGUAACAUGAAAACAAACACCAAAGCCAAGAACACAGUCUGGUUUUGUGUGAUACUCAACAUAGGCUGCCUUGCAUAUCAGAUGUUUUGUACACUGGGCUCUUUGCUGCUGUGAACGUCCUAGUGCCUAUAGCAAUGUCACUGCUUCAGCUUUGAACACUUUAGAUCUAGCUUUUGUUUGAAAUAUUAUUUAUUUAUUUUGUUUUGAUGUGGCUGCAGCCAUCAGAUAUUUAUGUACAAUUACUGAGCAAGUGUCAAGAGUGGAAAUAUAUCACAAUGAAUGCAGCCAUAACGUAGCAUUUGUUCAACACUUUAAAUUGUGUUAAAGUGAUCCUUCAUGGAAAUUCUUAGCAGGAAUAACCUGCCCAAAACCUAUUCAGAGAAACAUUUACCAGCAUGACCCCAAUAUACCAGUUUGAACCCACUCUGAAGUCUUACAAUGCAUCUCAAUGGAUGUAUGUGGUCCGCCCGCCAGCAUCGUAAAUAUUUAUAAUGUGCCAACAUGAGGGUCGGGAAAGAAACCACUUUUAUUUAUUUAUAGUUUUGAUGCAGAUUUAGCUGGUCUGUUGUGACACUUGCACAUGAACACUUAUGUUUCUUUCGGCGCAUCCUGAUAAGCACUGAAUGUAUUUCAUAAACACUACGCCAAAGUGUUAAUAGAAAUGACAAGAGAGAUGCCUUUUAAAGAAGAGACAUAUUUUACAUACAUCAUAUAAAUAUAUUUAUUUUUCUUUGAAGAGUUUAAACUAUACUAAACAACAUGUUCAUUAUGUUUAUGGACAUUAUAAGGAGACGUUUCUGACUUAACAAUAGUUAGAAGCAAAAGACUUGUUUUGCUAGUUAGAUUUUUAUGAUAGAUAUUUUUAGGAAGCCUGUGUUCUCUGUAUUAAGAAUAUUGUGUGAUGUGUGGAUCUCAGGCAGUUUUGUUGCCUCCUUCACAGCACACUCAUUUGUCCCUUGUAUUUUCUCAGUUGUAUUUUAGGGCCAUUUUUGCAAAAGCGGAGCAUUGAGUUCACUGAUAUCUGAAAUGUGUGUUGUUGUAGUUCACACAUUGUACUGAACUGAGUGGAAAUGAUGACUUUCACCUCAUGGAGUGCCCUCUGACUGAAACUUGUGCUUCAAAACACAAUAAAAUUAUUAUUUUAAGGAUUUUAA